GAACGCCGGAGCUCAUUCAUUCCGCAACACCUGAUCGCGCUCGAUGGCCGCGCCGGCCAAGGCGACGACGCCCCGCCUCCAUGUGACGGACUCGGGCAAGAUCCAGGACCAGUACUACCAUGCGCAGGCGAGCUCCCGGACGAUGGGUCUCCUCAUGCGUCGCUCCAUGGACCACCGGCGGUCCAAGCAGUCCAAGCACAAGCGCGCCGAGGACCGCUUCACGGACGCUGAGAUCGCGUUCGCCGGCAACUUGACCAAGCAAGGCUCGUUCUGGCGCACGUGGCGAAAGCGCUACUUCAUCUUGCGCCGCGACCGCCCGAUGCUAUGUUACUACUCGUCAUCCAAAGAGCUCACCAAGCUCGGCGAGAUCACGUUGGACGCCGAUACGAUCAUUGAACCGGUCGAGUCGUCGUCGUCGUCGUGCUUCUUCUUUAUCAAGACCAAGCACCGCAAGCUCAUUGUCAAUGCGAGCGACGGCGGCGACGCGUACAUGCGCGGGUGGAUCGAUGCGCUCAACGUCGCCGUCGAGUCGUGUCGCACCACCGUGCCCUUUGCCUUUAAGAACGCAACGCCGCUCUCCGACCACGAGAGCGUCCGUGGACGCAGGAUGAGCGACGCGAUCGACAUUGCUCGGCCGUCGCUAACGUCCGUCGCGUCCGAUGCCCCGCCGCCCAUUGUGCCAUCAAUCCACACGACCGAGUUCGCACCACCGUCGCCACGGCGCGCGGCCAGCAGCCGCGAGCCCUCGCCUGACUACCGCGCGUCAGUCCCGACGUUCUCGCCGGCCUUUUUCGCGCAGCUGCCGCCCCGCCCGACAGACGACAGCUCGAGCAUGCGGCGGGCACGGAGCCUCAACGAGCUGUUGAACCGGACGCGUGUCACCCGCGCGUCUGACAGCGGCAGCAACGACAACAAUACCAAGCUUGCGCCGACGCUCAUUGCGAGCAGCUGGACCGAGCGCAACCACAAUGCGUCGUUUCUGUCGCGGACGGCCAAGACCGAGGCGGCCGACCACCGCGGGUUUGGGCUGCAGUGCCAGAGUCUCAGUCUCGUGCACAUGCGGCCGCCGGACGCUCUCCACUUUGCGAUUUCAUUUGGUUCGAUCGAGAAGGUGCCGCACAGCGUGCCACUCCUCGUCGUGCUCAGCGUUCUCAACUGGGAGCCGGAUGCCACGACCAAGAAGCAGGCGAUGACCGAAGUCGCACGCACCGAAGUCGAGCGCACCAAUCAUCUGCGUCCGUGCGGCGACCGCCUCGUGCGGGACUUUCAGGGGCUCCUCGCGCUGCCGCUCUUUCUUCUCGAGCCGCAUAUUGUGCUGCAGCUCGACGUGUACAUUGUCUCGAACGACACGACCGAAGCGCUCAAGCACCACAAGCUCCUCGGGUACUUUACGAUUGCGGCCACGGACCUCGUUGUCGACUCGGACGACGGGACGCCGCUGCUCAUGGAUUUGCGCUUUGACGGCCGGAGCACGACGAACAUUCUCGGAAGCCGGAAUUUUCUUGUGCUCGAGCAAGUCGCGACGCCGCCGCCGUAUGCGCUCGCGCACGGGUACACGUUUGCGACGCACCAGUACCUCGUCGACACGGCCGAGACGUCGCCGCCCAACGAGCCACCGGUGACCGACGAGCCGCGCGUCGGACCCCGGGCCGCGACCGACGUGCUUCUCUCGGAGGAGAUGUCGGCGAGCUACUGCUCGCUCACGGUCGUCCACGCCUAUGUGCAGAUGCUCCAGACGCGCAACGCGGCCCGGAUCGCCGAGACGCGCGAUGUGAUUCGCACGAUCGAAGCCCGCGACGUCCAGCGGUCGGUCAUGACGUCACCGCACGCAGGCGACGCCGCCGUCUUUACGGACAAUGACGCCGACGACGUCGAGAAGAGCUAUACGACGUACCUUGAGACGCGCACCCGCCUCAUUGAGCUCAACAAGCUCCAGUCGACGUACGAAAGCAUGGAGCGACGGUACAGCGCGCUCGUGGCCAUGGUCGACGACGGCGGCGAGCACGGCAUCACAAGCUGCCUCAAGCGCAGUACGAUGAAGAAGGACCCGAGCGUCGAGUUUAUGCCAACGAACCUCGUGUGUCACUUGCUCCGCGCGGCGCUGCCGAAUCAUGACGAGAUUGCGUGGUCGACGAUCACGCACGGCUGCGCCGCGGCCCACCUGCUUGGCUUCAAGGACGGCGGUCUGCGGCGCCUGCUCCAGAACGGCAGGUCGCUCCACGAGGACCAAAUCGAGUACCGGCUCGACGUGGUGCUGUGCCAGCUCUUGUCGGUCAUCGCAGCGGCCUUCUUGAGCUAUGUGCAGCUGGCUGCCGAUGAUGUGCACGAUGUGUCGGGCGCGCGCCUCCGCAUGCUGCCGCGCGUCGGGUUCCUCGUCGACAUCGAGUCGCUUCUCAGCACCGCCGGCAACGAGAAGGGUAUGCUGGAAGACAUGGCCGAAGGCGUCAAGUACGUCAACCAAAAGGCCGUGUAUUUUCAGGUUACGCCGGCGACGUCGUCAUCGGGGCACUGCAUCUCGAUGGCGACCGACAACGCCGGCGCAAUCGUGCUGCAGGUCGCGCUGCCGUCGGCGCUCUUUACCAAGCUGCCGCUCUCGUUUUAUGCGCAGCCGCGCAUCCAAGUCCACGCUGUGCUGUUCACACAAGGCAUCAACGAGCGCCAAUCGGUGGCCAACACGGUCGGCGACACGAGCGUCCAGGAGGACAUCAACGUCGAGAGCAUGGUGACGCUGGCCGCGUACGUCGAGCAGUACGUGACGCUUGGCGUCUCGCACGAGCCGUCGCUCUUGCCGUUCGCCGAGAUCCAAUCGCAGCUCGCGCUCGUCGUGACGGCGGUCGAGUCGCAAAAGAAAUCGUUGAAAAACGUCAACGUGCUCGUGGACUCGAGCUACCUCUGCCGCCUCGUGGGCGCCGGCCGGACCACGUGCUGCAAGUCGGGCAAAGACCGCACGGCCAUGUCGGUCACCCUCGAGCUCACGCGCCUCUUGGUGGACGUGGUCGGUGUCAAGCAAGGCCUGUGUCUCUGCCAAGCCAUGCGCGAGCGCGGCGUCCGGCGCACAAACGUGCUCGUCAACACGGGCAAGACCAUGUACGCGUUCAACUCGCUCCAACUCAAGUGCCUCCCAGCCUGCUACAAGCCACCCGUCGCGACCGCCAACGCCAACGUCGCGUCCUAGUAGUAGUCGGAAAGGCCAUUAUAGCACUAUUUAACAUGAUUCCGCUGUACGACGCCGAGA